CAGGUAAAACGGAUUCAAGCUAUCCUGUGUAGACACAACUCUCCUUGAGAAAUUGUUUGCUCCUUGGUGAGGAUGCAUAUGUCAGGAGUGGAGUUCCAGGAGUUUUUGUAUACUGUAAGUGAAUCUGUGGAGAAGACUGACAAAUGAAGCUGAAGAGCAGUUUGAACUCCACACGAAAUGGGAGAUAACUCUGAUAGAGAAGCUCUCAGACACCGAAGAGAUGGGACAUGAAUAUGAUUCUGAUGCGACUGUUAUGUCGGAAGACAUUUUUGAUGAUAAUGAUAAUGACAACGAAUAAUGAAUAAACAACCAGGGAGGUACUGUUAGUGGAGACAGAGAUCCCGAAGAAGGGAAUGUAAAUACACGUGGUGAAGAUGAUGACAGCAGAGGAGAAGAUGGAGAAGCUAUACAGAUUGACCCUGGAAGCCCCAUUAUUGGAAGUCAGAGACAAAUGGGAAGAAUGAGGAGAGAACCUUCAGUCGAAAUCAUGGAGGAUUCAGAUGAGGAACCAGUGAGAAUAAAUGAGCAGGUCACAUCUGAGAAUGUCAGGACCAGUGAUGCUCGACUUUUAGAGGAAGAGACGAGACAAGAAGCCCAGCCGGACCUGGCAGUUGAAGCUGAGCAAGAAGCUAACCACGAGCAAGCACCUGAGACCGAACAAGCACCUGAUACACCACAAGCACCAGAAACAGAACAAGCACCUGAUACAGCACAAGCACCCGAUACACCACAAGCACCUGAGACAGCACAAGCACACGAGGAAGCACAAACAUCCGAAGCAGGACAGAUAGCAGAGUCAAGACAACCGCCAGAGUCAGAUGAAGUGGUCGUAGUGGAACAACCUGAUCCCAAACCAGGGCCUUCUAAUGAAGUCACGCCAAAGAAAAAAUCCACAGUUGAUAAACCACAUCAAGCGACCUUCAAAGUGCAAUGGUUUGGGAAUGUUUUAUCUGGAUGUUAUCGGUAG